AUGAAGGAAUCCACAAAUGAUGAAAUUUCAUCAGUCAUUGAAACCAUGAAUCCUCUUCUAAAUGAAAUUUCGACUGUUUCGAUUGGUGUUGGCCCCGAUGAAACUUUCCCCGUUCAAGAAACAAGCAAUGAAGAAUGUACAUAUGUCGGUGAUAUUUAUGAUGAGAAAAAACAUGGAAAAGGAAUGUUAUCGUGGUCCGAUGGACGAAAAUAUACAGGUGCUUUCUUUGCAGAUCGGCGACAUGGUUUUGGGAUAUUUCAUACACCGGAUAUCUCUGAAUUCAAGGGUUUGUAUUGUCAAGAUGAAAGAUUCGGCCCGGGAAUUUUACUUUAUCAAAAACUUCAAAGUGCAGAUGUGGGUUUAUGGUUAAGUGAAGAUCUUAUUCGUUUACUAUAUCCUCAUCCGAAAUUAUCGAUCGAUAUUCAUAUAACCGAAAAGAAAAUUUCGACUUUGUCAGCAACACAAUCAUCGGCAUGGUAUUCACCAGAAGAAUUCUUUCUCAAUCUUACAGAUUUUCAUUUUCUUCUACAUAAAAAAUCUCCUUUACGUUUAUUCCAACAGAUUUCCAAUGAAAAAUCGUCUCUAACUCGUUUUAUCAGUGAACAUACGGAGGGUGUUAACGAAGCCCUACGUGGUAAACGAAAUGAAUUAGAAGCUUAUCUCUCGAGUAUUGAUGAAAAUCUUUCGAAAUUAAACGAUCAAAUUACAGAUAUUACUUCACCAAAUCAAACUUACGAACAGCGGAAAUUAUACGAUUAUCUAAACAAAUUUUGGCCAUUAAAACAACGUGCAUCGUUUCCAAUCGACGAUAUUCUCUCCAAUAUUCGUUCUUCAUUUCCAAAUCCCGGUCCAUUAGAAAACGCCUCAUUGAAUCUUUUCGAAUUAUCUUAUUACGGUUACGAAAAAGACGUUCGUCAUCUUCUAAUGCAACGUCUCGUUUAUGUCGAUGUUUGUGAUUCUCACGGUUUAACAGCUUUGCAUUUUGCCACAUAUCAACUUCAUAUAAAUAUCAUCAAUACACUUUUGGAUUUCGGAGCAAAUGUUAAUCAAUUAUCUGAUGAACAUUUUACUCCACUUAUGAUCGCCUUUUUGCUUUAUUAUGGAAAUGAUUAUUUGCAAACGGUGAACCUUGCGUUAGAACAUAAAGAUCCAUCGAUUCCGAAUCCUCGGGUUUUGCUCUCUAAAGAUAAGAACGGUUUAACGAUCUUAAAACAAGAAACACCGAAUGAAAUUAUCGAUGAAGUAAAAUUACCAGAAGUAUUUGAAACAUUGAGUGUAAAUCAUUCAUAUGGAUUUGAAUUAACUGAUGAACUUCGUCAACGAAUUCGUGAUGAACAAUAUCGUGAGCGGGUUUAUUCAAUCAUUGCUCUUCUUCUUCGUCGUGGUGCUGAUCCAUCAUAUAGCGAUUGGCCUUUACCUGUUCUUGUCUUAGCUGUUCGUGCAGGAGAUAAACAAAUGGUGGAAUUACUAUUAAAAAAACGAGCAAAUGUCAAUUGUCGAUUAGAUUCUGUUCGGCAUUCAAGUCUUAUGCCAUUACAUAUCGCAUGCGGUUGUUUAGCACCGACUGUUGUUGAUAUUGCUCGAUUGUUAUUAGAGUACGGUGCGGAUGUCAAUGCAGAAUCAUUGGCGAAUAAUAAAGAAUAUUAUUCACUGAUCGAUCCAUUGGUUCUCGAUUUGAUUAAAACAAUUGAAGUUCCACAGAAUGGUCGAACGCCGUUGCAUAUUGCAUGUACUCGUCCCCGAUCCGAAGAUACAUUGAAUCUUGUUCGACUUCUACUCGGACAUCAAGCGAAUCCGAAUGCGAUUUGUAAUGGUCAAACUCCAUUGACUCUUGCCAUUGUAUUCGGAAAUGAACCGUUAGUUGAUUUACUUCUUCAAUAUGAUCAAACUGAUCCAUCAGUUGUACUUGGUUUUGGCAAUGGAAAUGCUUUAUGUAUGGCUUUGUCGACAUUCUAUGAAACUUCGUGGAAUUAUUCAAAGAGAAUUCAAUUAAUCGAACGUUUGAUCGCUAAAAAUCCUCAAGUUCUUUAUCCUGUGCGAUUCGGACCAAAGAAUCUGCUUGGUUCAUGUGUAGAUUAUGCUUAUUACAUGUUUUUUGCUGAUACUCGAAUUGCUCAAUCUCCGUAUCAUUCCUUGACAAAUCAAGAACGAACGAUAUUCAAUCAACGAAAGGAGCUACUCACUUACAUUGCUAAACGAUUUCGUGAAGAAGUUACAAAACACGACGGAUUUUUGCGUUUAUCUCCCUCGACGAUCGAUGGAUCGAGUUCUACUCGUUUCAACUCUCAAGAAUUUCGUUAUUGUGGGACAUGUGGUCGAAGCAUCGGUGUUCGAUUAAAUAUCUGUCGGCGAUGUCAAAAGGUUUCAUUUUGUUCGAAAACUUGUCUCGAAAAUGGAUGGAACACUUUCCAUCGCUAUGAAUGCAAACAAUCUGCGCAAAGACCACAAACAACAGCGAAAGCAAAGAAUUUGAUGAAUACGGACAAUACAUUGUUAAAAGAUGCGUUGAAAAAUGUCACUCGUCCGAAUGAAAACAAUCGUUUACCGCCAUUAUCGAAGAUUCUACGGCAAAAUCGCUUGAAAAAACGAAUCAAAUCGGCAUCAUUAGAAGGAAUCGAAUUAUCCUGGAAUUACACGUACAACGCACCGGAAAACUACAGUUUUAAUUAA